CUAUCUAGGGAUUCUUAGUACACCUUGAGGAAAAAUGUCACGGAUCCUUGUUAUUUAUUGACUAAUGCUAAAGGAAAAAUAAAGUUAUUAAUUUACAAAAAUUUGAAACUCGAUUUACCAUAACAGUGAUCAAAUUUUGACAUUUCGAUUUUCUCAAGUACCGUAAAAUAUUUUAUACUUCAGCUGUUGAAAUAAAUAGUAUUUGAAAAUAAUUUAUAACAAUGGAAUUAUUAUUUGGAAAACGUAUAACACCGGAGGAAAUGCUUCGUAAAAAUCAACGAGCAUUGAAUAAAGCAAUGAGAGAUCUAGAUCGUGAGAGAAUGAGAAUGGAACAGCAAGAAAAACAAAUAAUAGCCAAUAUUAAAAAAUUGGCUAAAGAUGGACAAAUGGAUUCUGUUAAAAUUAUGGCUAAAGAUUUAGUAAGAACCAGAAGAUAUGUCAGAAAAUUUAUGCUGAUGAAAGCGAACAUUCAAGCAGUGUCACUAAAGAUUCAAACAUUAAAAUCACAAAAUACUAUGGCGAAUGCUAUGAAAGGAGUUACCAGAGCGAUGCAGAACAUGAAUAAACAACUAAAUUUACCUCACAUACAGAAAAUACUCCAAGAGUUUGAAAAACAAUCUGAAAUAAUGGAUAUGAAGGAAGAAAUAAUGAAUGAUGCCAUAGACACUGCAAUAGAUACUGAAGACGACGAAGAAGAGAGCGAUGCGGUAGUAGCCCAAGUUUUAGACGAACUUGGUCUCCAAUUAACCGACCAACUAUCGGGAUUGCCCUCAGCAUCUGGCUCUUUGAGUGUCGCUGGUUCAAAACAACCAAUAGCAACAGCGGCUGGUGCCGGUGGAGAAGAUGCUACGAGUCCAACUGGAAAUGUUCCAGAUACAGAUGCAGAUCUUCACGCAAGAUUGGAAAACCUUCGAAGAGAGUAAAAAGUUUACGAAAUGAUAUUUUGAAAGUUACAUAGUAAUUAUAUAUUUUUUGACGCUGCUUUAUAAUAUUUUUAUUCUUUUCUAAUCUAAGAAAUUCUACUAAAAUUAGACAUAGAUUUUUUUUUUUUUAUCAUAAUCCCUACAUUGGAUCCAAGUUUGAGCGCCUUCUUGGCCUGUAAGAAAGAUUUUAUUCUAUACCAGUCGUAAAUACUAAUUGUUACAGUUAACGAGUUUAAUGCUUGAAAAUUUAACGUUUCCAAAGAGAUAAAGUAAAUAAUACAGUAUGGGUUGAGAAGUCAAACACCACAAAAGCAGAAGAGCGCAAAAUUUAUUGCGAAUAGACAAUGAAAAAAAGUCUGGCAACGUAUUAAUAAAUAUAACUAAUGCUUAACUUUUUUAAUUGAAUUUCUCUUUAUUAUAAACUUAUAAUUAAGAAAAAUGUAUAGUUGGAUUAAAUACUGCAAAUAAAGUUUAUUAAUUUUCAUGGUUA